AUGAGGAAUCCUCUGCACGGUCAGAGAGAGAAGAUGUGGCUGCUGCUGGUGGCCCUGUGCCUGUCCCAGGGCCUGGGAAGUGCCAUCCCCACUGCUGAAGAAUUCUACAACCCUGAGAGGUUCAUGAACAUCAGCCAGAAGAUCCGUUUCCAGGGCUAUCCCAGUGAGGAGUACGAGGUGACGACAGAGGACGGCUACAUCCUCAGCCUCAACCGGAUCCCCCAUGGCAGAAAGGGUGCUGGGCACUCAGCACCCAGGACACCCGUGCUGAUCAUGCAUGGGUUUUGUUUGGAUGGUGGUGACUGGGUGGACAAUCUCCCCGACAACAGCCUGGCCUUCAUCCUCGCGGACGCGGGAUACGACGUCUGGAUCGGGAACAACCGCGGCAACAGCUGGUCCCGUGGGCACCUGGACCUUUCUGUCCACGACGAGGAGUUUUGGGAUUUCAGCUUCCACGAGAUGGCCAUCUACGAUCUCCCUGCCAUGGUGGGCUUCAUCAUAAUGCAGACCGAGCAGGAGAGGCUGUUCUACAUCGGCCACGCUCAGGGCAGCUCCCUGGGUUUCAUAGCGUUUUCCAGCCUGCCACACCUGGGCGAGAAGAUCAAGGUCUUCUUUGCUCUGGCUCCUGGGUACACCUUGCACCACGUCAGAAGCCCCCUGUUAAAGGCAUUGUUUCUACCAGACACGGUGCUGAAGCUAAAAUUUGGAACCAAGGAGCUGAGCCUGGUGAGCAGGAGGUACAGAGCUUUCCUGGCUGAGAAGUGCAGCAGAUUUCCACUAGAUGAAGUCUGUGAAAAUGAGAUCUUCCUUAUCGGCGGGUACAACAGGAAGAACUUGAACGUGAGCCGACUGGAUGUAUACCUAGCUCAUUUUCCAGACUAUACAUCAGUAAAAACUCUUAUCCACUGGGUACAGACUGCCAAAACUGGGAAGUUCAAGCAGUUUGACUAUGGGUUCCUGAAGAACCAGGAGAAGUACAACCAGUCCACCCCACCCUUUUACCGGAUAGAGGACAUGACGGUGCCGGUGUUCCUGUGGAGCGGGGGGCAGGACUGGGUGAACACCCCCUGGGAGACCUGGCGGCUGCUCCGCCGCCUCACCAGCGUCGUGCGCCACCAGCAGCUGCACGACUGGAACCACUUCGACCCCCACUGGGGCCAGGACGCCCCGCAGCGCCUGUACAGCCAGAUCCUCUUCCUCAUGGACCAGCAUUCAUGA